AAGCCAGACUAUAACAAAGUAAACAUAAGAGCGCAAUUCAUUUCCAAAGCCGGAUUCAUUAACGGUGGGACAGUGAAUUGAAACUUGCUUGACGGUGACCUCAGAAUCUUCCGAUUUAGUGUCUUGAAUGACUAAGAAGCUCAUCAGAGGAAUAUAUGGAGCCUCCAAUAAAGUGGAAGUUCAUUAGCACCACAGACACGGGCUCGUCCAUAAUAGCUAAUUAAGAGGAAUUACGGAGUGUUGUUAUACCUGACCACACAGCUGAAUACAGAAACUGUAAGGUGAAGACCAAAGGAGCUAGGGUAACACCUUUAUUGUCAGAAAACGUGUAACAAAUUGAGGAAGAAUUUUUUUUCUAAAAAACAUAAGCACCAUCCUUUCAUCAUGAGGUUCUUAAGAUCAUCUACUUAGAACUAAUUAAGAAAAACAACUACAAAGAUGGACGCUAAUGAAAUAUUUGGGAUUUUUCGGUUGAAAGGAUUCAAACUGUUUCAGGAGAGCUGGACACAUUAUGCCUGGCCAUUUGUUCUGUCUCUGAUCUUCUGUCAAGUAGCAGGCUCUCGUCGACGAAUCCCCUUUUCUAACCACUUUGUCCCCUUAGAACCGGCCAUUUUGAACAAUACCAUCACUAACUACACGGCCGUAGCCGGUGAAACUGCUGUUUUGUAUUGCGCUGUUACAAACCUGGGAACCAAAACUGUGACCUGGAGGAAAGCCUCCCCGUCCGUGCCUCUGACCGUAGGUCUUUUUACGUACUAUGGCGACCCAAGAUUUCAAACACAUCACGUGAUACACAAGAGCCAAUGGAACUUACACAUUAGGAAUGUUAGUAUGAGGGAUUCUGGAGGGUAUGAGUGUCAAGUCAGCACAAGGACACGUGAUAUUAGGAGGGCGUUUUUUCUGUCAGUUAGGGAGCAGACAUCAUCAAUUCAUAUCACAGGUGAUACCUAUGUUAAUAAAAACGAGAAACUGGUUCUCUUUUGCAAUGCCUCGAGUGACUCGUAUCCUCCGGAUGAGCUAGACUGGUUCAUGAACGGUCUUAAAAUACUUACUGACCCAGAAGAAGGAAUAAAGAUAACUAAUUCAGUGUCACUCAAAAGAAGAACCAUUUGGAGCAAACUUGUUAUUGAGCAUGCGCACAUGAAUCAUGGAGGAACGUAUAUUUGUCGGACGUCCGAUAAACUGGUGACCAACAUAAAAGUUAAUGUUCUCAGUGAUGACAAAACAAAUGUAAAGAGAGGAACGAAUUUCAAGACAUUUAUUUCCUCUGUCAGAAGGUCGAACAGUCAUGGCGUCUCUACCCAUCGUACAGAGUCUUGGAUAAUUUUGUUCUUGUGUAGUUCAAUAAUUUUCACUAUUGUUUAACAAAUGGUGGACUAUUGAAAAUACUCAUAGAAAAAUAGAACUGAUUGAGAAGUAACGUGCAUGAUGAAAACGAAAAAUAUAUGAAGUGACACAGGUGAUAGAAAGCUGUUUACUUCCAAAAACUGACUGCUGCCGAAACUCAGGUGCUAAAAGACAGGUAUUAAUCUCAGUCAUUAUUAUCUAUCAGCAGCACUAUUUGUAUAUAAAAAAGUGAUUACUCAAUUUUUUUAUUGUCUUAUCAUAUUGUACUUUAAAUGUGAGCAUGUUUAAGUUCAUGUACCCCAGUGUGACAUUAUUGUGCUCAGUAUCAUCGUAUAAUCAUCAUUGUAUAAAAGUAAGUCAGGGCUUUACAAUGUUAUAUUUUUAUAAUAAAUCUUGAAAAUAUUUAAAA